GUUUACCCAGGAUUCUUUGCGCGACCGCCAUCGUGCUGCUCAACUUUUCACGACAUUUUGUCGAACUUUUCAAUGUUUUGUCUGCAAUUUUGUAUUAUUUAGUACUCUACGACAGAAAGAAAUCUCUGGAAACAGAGCGAGAACCCUUGUACAUCGGUAGAGACGAAGGGAGAGUGAAUAUGUCGCGAAUGACGGGCGCGAACACGACUCCUUUGGGACGUCUUCACCCCAUUCUUGCUGGCAAACGUGAGUCUUCCUCGCCGACUCCGCAAGCUGCACAUUAUCCGGCUUUAAUGGAUCGCGCCGGUGUUAAACGGGAAGCACAAAAAGAGAAAACCCCAUCAGGUAGAGAAGACAGAAAGAAAAAGAGAAAGAGUCGAUGGGGAGGUGAAGAUAAGAAAAUGAUCAUCCCAGGAAUGCCGACAACUCUCCCACCAAACCUCAAACCAGACCAACAGAAAGCAUAUCUCAUGCAAUUGAGAAUUGAAGAGAUCAGUCGUAUGCUGAGAACUGGAGAUCUGGGCAUUCCAGAUAACCCUGAAGACAGAUCCCCCUCUCCAGAGCCUAUUUAUAACACAGACGGAAAGCGCCUCAACACAAGAGAUUUUCGUGUCAGGAAAAGGCUAGAAGACGAGCGGCAUAAAUUUAUACAGGACAUGAUGAAGAUUAACCCUGACUUCAAGCCUCCUGCAGACUACAAGCCUCCACUCAUUAAGAUUCAAGACAAAGUGAUGAUACCACAAGAUGAAAAUCCUGAGGUCAACUUUAUUGGACUUCUUAUUGGACCAAGAGGAAACACAUUAAAGAAUAUGGAAAAAGAGACAAAUGCUAAAAUCAUGAUUAGAGGCAAAGGAUCAAUUAAAGAUGGAAAGAUCUGGCAGCAAGGGCGUGGUAGGGAUAUGCAGUUGAUGAACUCUGGUGAGGAUGAGCCCCUUCAUGCACUUGUCACAGGACCAACUGCGGAGAGUGUCAAGAAGGCUGUCAACAUGAUUCAAGAUAUCCUAAAGCAAGGAAUUGAAGCUCCAGAGGGGCAGAAUGACUUGAAGAGGAUGCAACUACGGGAACUCGCUGCACUAAAUGGGACUCUAAGGGAGGAUGAAUUACUUAGGUGCCGGAAUUGUGGGGCUUCUAACCAUCGCCACUGGGAGUGUCCCGAACAGAGGAAUAUCACUAACAAUGUCAUUUGUACAAAGUGUGGUGGGGCUGGACAUAUCGCUGUUGAUUGUGUACAGAGAGAUCCUAACGACACUGCGCUACCACCAGUUCCUACCCUCCCUGUGGACAAAGCCAAGAUGGAUAGUGAGUACCUGUCACUCAUGGCAGAGCUAGGCGUUGGAGAGGCACCACCCCCUCCAGCGGCAUCAGAGCCUGCAGCAUUUGCCCCUGCGCCGCCACCGUCACAAGCCCCUCCUCCACCCAAGACGAUCCCAUCUACUCUUCCUCCUCCUCCAGUACCGAGUGCCACGUCAGCUCCACCCCCCUGGGCCACAAGUAAUUCUGGUCCCAAGCCUCUAAUGAGUACCCCCGUUCAGCGGCCACCAGGCAUGCGCCCCCCUGGGGCAGGGAAUGGCCCUGGUGGUCCACCCCCACCGUGGAGCAAACCAGGCGGGAUCCUGCCUGGCCCCCCGCCUCCUGGACCACCAAUGCUCAACAUGGGAGGACCACCCCGAGGGGCACCACCACCACCACCAGGUCCAGGACCCUUCCAGCCGCCUCCCCCUGGGGGUAACAUGCAGCUUCCUCCUCCGCCGCCGCCACCCAGCUCUGGGGCUCCACCCCCAUGGCAGCAAGCACCUUCGAUACCCCCAUGGCAGACCACUCCUGGAUACAUACCGCCCCCACCCCCAGGAUUUCCACAGUUCCAGCCCCCACCCCCUCCCCCACCAUCAGAUGCACCAUGGGGACAGUCAAUAAUGGGCGCCCCACCACCUCCACCACCACCCCCACCCCCCAGCUCGGGAUAAGUUCCAAGACGUGGCUCAUCUGUAAAUUUCCAUUGGCCCAUCGAGGCCAGCCAGGGCCAACCUAACUAGGCCUAUUUCAUUCGUCUUGAACCAGCCUAGCACUAAUAGAGGCCUAGUUAUUUUAGAAGGCUGAGAAGAUGGUCUGCGAAUACUGUCACUCGAUGUUUAUUUUAUCCCGAGGAUAGAGUUUUAGAUGACACCAUUAACCCUGGUGUUGGUACAAGGACAAUCGUCUGGAAGUAGUUUACUUGUCUGUCAAAUUGGACUACUUGGAAUCUGUUGGACCUAAUGCCAUCCACGUGAAAUUACUGUAUUUGCUUGUCACCUGUUAACGACAUUGGACUACUUGGAAUCUGUUGGACCUAAUGCCAUCCACGUGAAAUUACUGUAUUUGCUUGUCACCUGUUAACGACAUUGGACUAC